AUGGGAUUGGUGGAUAAGAUAUUGAGAUUUGAAGGUUUCAAGAGAAGAAGUUGUUUGCCUACCAUCUGUCACCUUUUAGACAAGUGGAGUUUCUACAUUUUUGUCAGUUUUGUUUUCCGAGGGACUAGAGAAGAUAUAUUCCUGAACGUCCUUCUUUGGCAUGUUCCCUUAUCUAAAUCCCGUACACAUGCUUCUCGACCAGUUAAUUCCAAUUCACUGGCCUUUCUUGUUACAGUAGUUCUUUUGCUAUUCGUGAUUUUAAACUCUCACCAAAUGUCUCCAAGCUUUCUGCUUUGGCUAGUCGUGGGUAUCUUUUUAAUGGCUACGAACCUUAGGAUGUAUGCAACUUGCCAGCAACUUCAAGCUCUGGCCCGAACUCACGCUGCAGCAUCUAGUGGUUUGCUUGUUCAUACCGAGUUGCGUUUCCACAUGCCACCAACAAUCGCUUUUGCUACAAGAGGACGCUUACAAUGA